CAGUAUCAUACUCGCUGAAACCUCGCAUCAUGUAGCGCUCAUUUCUGCCUGGCUUGUCGUCGUUUGUCCCGCCCACUCGUAUCCCAAUAUCUAUUUGAAUUGAUUUCCUCCCUCCCUUUCCCUCUUAUAUGGUCGAUUACAAACAGAUUCCGGUGAGACUCCGUCUCUCUCAUCCGUUGUUCUCCAUUCUCCCGGACUUCGUGGUAGUGUCUCGUUCAGGAGGUGGGAAUAAUGUCGUGUAUAUCUGUCAAGCGACAACGGGAAGAUUCUUUUGAAAGGGCGGAUUUGGAUUGGCAUUGGGAUCGGAAGAAGCCGCGACCACUACCUUUUCGAACCUCUCCCACGUCAAAACACACAACUCUGUUUUCUCAAACUCACCAAUUCUUUGAUACACCCACCGAAUCUUCAGAUGAUGACGACAAUGGAGCAACUUCAGAAGUUGCUAUGGUGCCUCGAUACCAGACGGGGAAGAAAGAUGACAUGACAUAUCUUUCGAUCAGAGUGCAGCCAUGUCACGACAACGACUCCGACGUCGAGAUGACCGACCUACCCCGUUCCUCCUCGAACACCAUCGCUCCAUGUUCAGCAGCGGAGUUGACGCCCAAUUGGUCCGGGAGCGUGAUGUCAUCACCAAUCCCGCAUCGUUUGAUUGUCCAAUCUCUCAAUAUCAGCGGUGGCCGCACUGCAACACCCAUAUAUGGACAUUUCACUGCAAAUAUGAGCAUCAACGCUAUGAGAGAGGACUCCGGUACUGCAAAUGAUACUUCCGGAUUCGUGCCUCCAUCCACCACCAUUUCUGAUAGCAUCGAUGUUGCAACUUCUAUCGCUUCGUCUACCAGAUCCUUAGUUGUGUUAUCAGAUGGAGAAGACCGGUGGCGUCCCCGGAGACUCCCAAGCCCGAUCAGUGAAGGUGAAAUUUCCCCAAUGACCACUUUCUCCCAGAUAGACCGGCAUUUUGAAAGCACAACUUUAGCCACUGCCAACAAUCUCCGAAAAUCUUCGUCCUUCACUCACUCCUGGGAGAAAGAGCCCGCAGACACAUCUACCUUAGAACCGCAGCAACGCUCUUUGACACCGCACCACAGCCUAAAUCACAAUAUCACAUCUACUGCUAAUGACACUUCUGGAAAUUCUACCUUCAGCGACUAUACUAAACAACCCGUCCCCGAUCAAAAGCAGAGGUGCCACAUCGAUGAUAACCCAUCCAUACAUACCUGGAGCCGACAACCAGCAUACGACAAUGCAUCCUCGGAAAAUAGCGAUACAGCCAUCCCUCAGAGGAAGAAAACCGGCGGCCCGAACAAAAUGAGCAUUGCCAUGGGUUACCGUGCCGAUUGUGAUAAGUGCCAGAGGCGUGUACCGGGACAUUAUAGCCAUAUUAUUCGCGGGUGAUUUGAAAUUUUCUUGCCUUUUUUUUUUUUGUUUAUUUUCAUUUUUCUUUGCUUUUUCCCCUUCUUUCUAAUAAAAAACGCUUCCUACUUUUCAAUGUAUUGUACUGUACAUUAUAGUUUUUCUACCCAUCUCUAGCAUGAUUUAUGAGAUUUAUGAGGUUAGUUGAGUUUGUUUUGGAUUUUUGAUUUUUGAUUCUUCAGCCGCCUAUUCCCAGCCCUUGAGGCAAUGAUGACUGUUUUUGUAUAUGGAUCACUUUUUGUCCCUGCUUCUCAUGAGUCAUAUAACUGAUGUGUAUAUUACAUGAUGGUUUUUGAUUUCUGUGAAUGCAAUAACUCUCAUUGGUG